GUGAAACUAAGGGGGCGGCGAUUUCUUAAUUUUUAUCACAAACUUUCAUUAGUUUCUUCUUGUUAUUAUCAACAAAGAACCUACUCAAGAUUAGCAUAAUCGUCCUUUCAAUCCAUUAAUGCUCACAAAUCUUUUAAUCUAUUAAAAGGGGAAAUUUUGAGUGAAAAAAAAUGGAAACAGGUUUGCAUGAACAGGAAUUUUCUCAUUCUUUGGUCGGUGAUGAAUCUAAGACAGAAAUGGGUUCUGGGGAUUACGGAUGCUCGCAUUAUAGAAGGAGAUGCAAAAUUAUAGCACCUUGUUGUGAUGAGAUCUUUGAUUGCAGGCAUUGUCACAAUGACUCAAAGAAUUCUUUAGAAGUUGAUCCACUAAAACGACACGAUGUUCCUCGCCAUGAUAUAAAAAGGGUCAUUUGCUCAUUAUGUAACACAGAACAAGAUGUUCAACAAACAUGCAGUCAUUGUGGGGUUUGUAUGGGGAAGUACUAUUGCUCAAAAUGCAACUUCUUUGAUGACGAUGUUUCCAAGGAUCAAUACCACUGUGAUAAAUGUGGAAUAUGCAGGUUAGAGUUACUAAUAUUGGUCCUCAUUUUUCAGUUCUUUGGUGCAUUUUCCUAAUUUUCUCACUAUAAGAACUCAAAGUCCACAACAUCCGAGACAUUAGCAUGGUCCGUAACAUUUCGACAUAAAUCUCUUCUUAGUGGCUUUAAGUUAGAAAUGCCAAAACAUAUUUGGUUUAUUAGCCAUAUGUUCUUCAUCUCAUUCACUAAAUUUUUCUUUUUGGCGUUUGAUCAUGGAUAAUAUUAGAGUGCAAAAGAUUCAAUGUUACGACUUAGUAGUUACUCUGGUCAUCUUAGUACUUACUCUGGUCAUCGUCCAUC